UUCUUUCCUCAGGAUGCCAUCGAUUCGCUGCAUCCACGUCACGCUGUUGGUCAUCAUAGUGACCUUGACCCCGGCCUGCUGGGGUCAACAGGACACUAUUGACCUGACCUUGGUGCCCCGGACUCACGGUCAAGCGGUAGUGGACGUCGCAGUGUCCGCCAUCAGGGAAAAGUGCAUCUUCGCGGACGAUUUCCUGUUUCUCCGGCGUUUGGCUUACGUCAAGUCCAAGGACGGCGAGGACCCCAACACCUACAGGAAUGGCUUCUACGGAGGGAUAUGGCAGGUGAGCCAGGCGGACUUCCAGGCGACACAGACAGCAAACUUUCUCAAGGGAUUCCCCUCCAAGCUACCGGCAGCUUUCGGCAUUGACUGGUCCAGAGUCCACUGGUCAGAUCUGCAGAAACCCCUCUACUCUGGACUAGCCGCUCUGUUCAUUAUUCUCAGUAAAGCGGGGAACAUGAUGCCGGUGAGUGUUACCGCUCAGGCGUCGCUGUACAGCCAAAGCAUGGGAGGAGACUAUACGGCUUAUGUCAACGGCGUUCAGGAAUUGGACCGUUUUUAUGCAACGUGCAAGGCGGAGAACCUGGACAUUGCCUUCAUCCUGGACUCUUCCGGUAGUCUGGCUCCCAGCGACUUUAACCUGUCGAAAGGCUUCGCCAAUGGUGUUGUGAACAGCUUCAACGUUGCUCCGGACACGGUCAAGGUCGCCGUCAUCACCUUCAGCUCCGCUGUGAAGGAAGAAUUCAACUUUAACCGAUACACGACCACAUCCAGCGUUGGGAAUGCCAUUAUGGCAAUCUCUCAGUUGACCGGCGGCACGGCGACGGACCUAGCCCUUGACUAUGCUACCAAUCAGCUGUUUACUUCUGCGCUGCCACCAUCAUACCCACACCCAGCAACGCCACCUUCAAGUGCGGCUCUCCGCAGACCGUCAAGAUCCUUCCCGGAGAUGAAACCACUGUCAGAAUCCAGCCAUCUGAUGGUCAGAUUCGGGUCUUCGGUUCGUUUGAUAUCACCCAACCGAAUGAAGCCAAGAAUUUCUUUGACGGGGUCGCCACCGCCAUACGACCCCUUGUCCUGUACCUCAAGGCCACCACUGCACCUCUCUACCUAACCCUGGGCGCCAUGUCAGCCUCGGCUGACCAGUGCAGGGGAACUGUGGACGUGCAGACGUUGGUGGGAAACCAUCUACCCAAGCGAGGUGCCGACACUUGGUGUGUUGUGAACAGGACACUUAUCGAGUGCUCGUGCCGUCUCUUCCUGGAGAAAUACGUCUACAGGGAAUACGCCAUCGUCCACGGUGACGUAGCGUACCUGAGCUACCCCAACCCAUGUAAAGACGACAAUGUAGGCAGCGAGGACUUGUGUAAGUCGGGCUCCAAGGGAUUCCACAAGUACCCGUUCUCCAUCUACCACUUCGUGUACUGCACGGGCCGACACACCCUCAUAGAGGUGGACUGUCCCAAGGGAAGCUACUACUUGGAGGAAGCAGGGGACUGUGUCUUGUCGACCUACAUUGACCGCAAUAACCCGUGCACAGCCUGUAACCUGGACAACUGGUACCUGGGGAAACUAAACCACACCAUCCCUUGGAACCGCACCCAGUAUGUCAACUGUAUCUACCCCGGGACCUGCACGGUGAAGAGUUGUGGCAGAUACUACAUCUUUGACGAGAUCGUCCAGUUCUGUGUUCCCUCUGGGGAUGGCGGAGCCCCACCCACGACCAUUGGCCCCACCACAACGUCGACCACCACGAUACCAACAACGACACGUCGCACCAUCGCGUUCACCUGUGAGUCAGGCCCUAGCGCUGUCAACUACUACCCUUACACCUUUGACCCGGCACAGUACAUUCACUGUGAGCCAGACGGUACCGCCUAUCUAGAGACGUGUCCAGCAGGCACCCUGUGGAAUCAGCCGACUCUGUCCUGUAUGGACCCAAACAAGGCCGACGGUGAUCUCGUUGGAUAAAACUCCGCGUAGACAGGAUUGACGUUACGUAGGGGUGGACACUGAAUCAAUCAAUCAAAUCGGUUUUGCUUGAUCGGAUCGUGGAUGAAAACCCGGCUGGCAUAUACAUACUUUUCAAAGGGAAUUAGACAGCUUUACCAAUUUACCCGUGCUAUUUGAUAAAGAAGUUUCAAAGUUUUCUGUGUUAUCGUAAUAACUUUGUUGUGCGUAAGUGCCAAUGCAGGAGGGUUAUCUACUACUAUGGCAACGUGAUAUAAUGUUACAGGGGGAAGAAAAUCGUUUUAUUGUUGGUCUUGCUUUCAUUUCUUGGAAGCUGGGGAGAACAGUUCAGAUAUUUACGUGAGGAGUUCCACAGACUUAUAUAUCUGAUCUUUAAGGAUUACUAGCUCUAACGUUUUUCCGCACAAGAUGUUCUCUUAUAUUAACCUAAUGCCCCCCCCCCCCCAUGAACGUUACCCUAGAAUUACCAAGUUAUAUCUGCUCAGUACCUAGUUUUGAGAAGUUUGGCGUUAGAACUUUAAAGUUUUACAACAAUUCAAGUAUUUUCGAAUGCAAUUAUUUUAAUAUGUUGAUAACGACUCCGAAUUUACGAUUUUAAUAGAGCAGAUAGAACAUUUGGUUUCUGACCUCAUGGUUGUAGUAACUAAAAGGGCCACAAAUGUUAGAUAGAACUUUGUAAUUCUAUGGUAGCGAUAUGCCGACAUCCAAUGAAUGAUGGAGAGGAGUCCACAUUGGUAAGCCCUGAGAAAAAAAGCAAGCAUGUUCUACAGAAACCGAAUCGGAUGCUAUCAAACUGGCAUCGAAGCACAAAACAUCUCCCGAGAAUAAGAGUCACCAUUAAUCCAACCGAGCAAAAUCGAAUGAGUAUCUACUCUGCUUCAGAUCAAAGGCAUUUAUUCCCUGUACCCAGCAUUUUUAAAACAUUUUUUUCCCCUAUUGAGUGUCGUGUGUUCGAUAUUUUACAGAACGUGCAGACAGGGUAUGUGUCCGAAAAUGACGUAUCAAUGCUUCUGAUAAAAUAUAACAUGAACGUAACCGUCAUAACCGGCUCUGACAGUGAAUUGGACAAAUUUUAAUAUAAUUCGUGUAAGUUGCAUAUUAUGUAACAUGAUGUGAUAAAAUUAAAUCAAUUCAGGCUUUGUA